AUGGCGUCCACCAGCUCCGCGCCGCAAGGGGACCCUCUAGACAACAUCUUCCAAGGUCUCCGGAGCAAGAGUCAUGAAACCAGAGUGCAAUCAGCGAUCGAGCUGCAACGCUACGUGUCGAACACGGUGCACGACGGCUUCACUGAUACAGCGGCGAAACUAUGGGACGACCGAAUCAAUCGGCGGAUAUUUGAGUUGAUCCACAGUCAGAACACGGCGGAUAACUUAGGAGGUGUAUUGGCCAUAGAUUAUCUUCUGAACGCGGAGGGCGAAGGCGCGAUUGAGUAUAGAGAGAACUUAUACCGCUUCUACAACUAUGUCAGGACGCUCCUCCCGAGCUCGGACAUCGAUGUCAUGCUUGCGGCGUCGAAGACCCUGGGACACAUAGCUGCAGUCGGCGGCGGGUCCUCGCUGCUUGGCAACAGCUGGCUCGACAAGGAGGUGCCGAUUGCGAUCACCCUGCUGCAGGCCGACAAACAGGAGCCGGGACGCUAUGCCGGUGUGCUCAUCCUCAAGGAGCUCGCGCGCAACAGCCCGACGUUCUUCCACUCGCACAUCGGCCUGGUCUUCGAGAAGAUCCUCACCCCCCUGCGGGACACGCGGAUCAUCGUCCGGGAGAGCGCGGCAGAGCUGUUGGCGGCGUGUCUGGAGAUCAUAACGCAGCGUGAGCGUCAGACCCCCAGCCCGUACUUGAUGAAGAUCCUCUCCGACGCGCAGCUGGGGCUUAGGAUGGCACAGCCGGAAGUCAUCCACGGGUCUCUACUUACAUACCGGGAGCUACUACUGCACGGGGGGAUGUUCAUGAAAGAGAACUUCCUCGAUGCAGCGGAACAGAUAUUGACCUUCAAAAUCCACAAAGACGCGCUCGUGCGCAAGAUGGUCAUUACGCUGAUCCCCACCCUCGCUGUCUACGACCCACAGACAUUUUCCGAGCACUACCUGCAUCGCGCUAUGGGUCAUCUUGUGACCCAACUUGACAAGCCAAACGAGAGAUCAGUCGCCUUCAUUGCUAUUGGGCAUGUCGCCAGCGCUAUGGGGAGCGACAUGAAGCCCUUCCUGGAUUCUGUCAUGGCGCAUAUUAAACAAGGAUUGCAGAUACGAGGGUAUGCAAAGAAGAAUGCGCCCUCGGAAGCGCCAAUCUUUCAAUGUGUCGGCAUGCUCGCGUCUGCCGUGGGGCCAAAUCUGACGAAGCUUUUGCACGAUCAACUCGAUCUCAUGUUUGCUUGUGGCCUGAGCGAGCCACUACGACAGGCGCUGACUGCGAUCGCUGCGCAUAUUCCUCCUCUGCUGAAGACUAUUCAAGAUCGCCUUCUCGAUUUGCUGUCUCUCAUCUUGAGUGGUCAACAUUACAAGCCUCUGGGUGCUCCAGCAUCUCUAUUGCGCGCUGAUUCCAGUAAAGAUGGUGGUGCAGCAGAGGGUCAGGGUGGCCAGAAGAAUUCCGAAUUGAUUACGCUUGCCUUGAUCACUCUGCGCGACUUCGACUUCAGCGGGCACGUGCUAAAUGCGUUCAUUCGCGACUGUGCACUCCCGUAUUUGGAGGAGGACAAUGCUGGGGUCAGGCGUGUUGCGGCCGAAACAUGCUGUCGUCUCUUCAUGCGAGAUCCUAUAGUCUAUCAAGCCAGCAACCAUUCGAUAGAAAUCAUCAGCGAUGUCAUCGAUAAAGUGUUGACUGUUGGUAUUGCUGACCCAGAUCCCACUAUCAGGCAAAUUGUGUUGUCCUCGCUGCAUGAACGGUUCGAUAAACACCUAGCACAAGCCGAGAAUGUCCGGGCCCUGUUCAUUGCUGUGAACGAUGAGGUGUUCGAGAAUCGCGUCACUGCCGUUAGCCUGAUUGGUCGCCUCGCAUUGCACAAUCCAGCCUACGUCAUGCCGUCGCUACGCAAAAUCCUCAUCCAGCUGUUGACAGAACUGGAGUAUUCGACUGUCACGCGUAGCAGGGAAGAGUGUACCCGCCUCUUGACACUUCUAGUCAGCGCUACGCAGCGCCUCAUCAAGCCGUAUGCGAUCCCCAUGCUACGGGUCUUGCUUCCAAAGGCCAACGACCCCAACCCCACUGUUGCUGCCAACAUUCUCAUGUGUCUGGGAGAGCUUACGCGAGUUGGAGGGGAGGAUGUAACUCCUAACGUCCCUGAGCUUAUGCAGGUUAUUCUGUCUAAGCUUGCAGAUCCGUCAUUACCGAAGCGCGACGCCGCCUUGCAUACCCUGGGACAAGUCUGCUCGAGCACGGGCUAUGUGGUUACGCCUCUCGUGGACUAUCCGCAAUUGCUCCAGAUUCUGAACAGGAUCUUGAAGACAGAGACGAAGCUGAGCGUCAAGCGAGAGGUUGUCAAGGUGCUCGGCAUCCUGGGUGCCUUGGAUCCCUACAGGCGCAGGGCCAAACCCGAAGAGGAGGUUACAACUGAGAUGUCUUCUCAUCUGGUUGCCGCGAUCUCCAGGAAUUACUCUGGAGCGAACACUGCGUCAGACGACUAUUACCAGGCAGUGGCGAUCAACGCGCUUCUUGACAUCCUCAAAGAUCAGCAAGCCAGCGAGCGUCACCAUACUGUGAUCGAAGCCAUUAUGUCAAUAUUCAAAACGCAGGGCCUGAAAUGUGCCACGUUCCUUCCUCAGAUCAUACCUGCCUUUGCGUCCGUUGCGCGGGCAUCCGCAGCACGUAUUCAAGUAUUUCAUCUUGAGCAGCUAGCCAUUCUGGUCGGCAUAAUCAAGCAGCAUGUCCGCAAUUAUAUGCCACAUAUUUUCAGCCUCAUAACCGACCUAUGGGAAAACGCCCCACUGCGGCUGCCGUUGGUAUCAUUGAUAGAAGCACUCGGCAAGGCUCUGGACGCUGAGUUCAAGCCUUUCCUACCCACAAUCCUACCUCUGGUCCUCAAGGUCUUCGACGGCGAAUUCAAUGAGAAGGCUACGAGCACCCAGAUCAAAAUAUUCGAUGCAUUCCUCACCUUUGGUGCCAACAUCGAGGAGUAUCUGCAGCUUGUGAUUCCGAUCAUUGUCAAAACUUUCGAGAAAACCGAAGCACCCAUCCCGCUACGGAAGAAGGCUAUUCAGACAAUUGAUGGCCUCUCCAGGAAGGUCAAUUUCUCGGACCACGCUUCUCGUAUUAUACAUCCUCUGGUCCGAGUCUUGAACGAUAGUACCAACGAUAUGCGUAUGACUGUCAUGGACACCCUGUGUACAAUGGUCCUUCAGCUCGGAUCCGAUUUCGCCGUCUUUGUUCCCACUGUAAACAAGUGCCUCGUGCGUAACCGGGUAUCCCAUCCUCGCUACGAGAAUCUCGUCUCGAAGCUCCUUAACGGCGAGCGCCUACCUCAAGAGGCUGGUCUAGCCGAGUUUCCCGAGAGUUCCAAGGCUGCCGAGUUGUCAGCGCCUGCAGAGGCCACUAGAAUGACGGUGAACCAACAGCACCUCAGGGAUGCAUGGGACGUAUCACAAGUUUCGGGCAAGGACGACUGGAUAAAGUGGAUGCACGGGAUAUCAGUCGAAUUCAUGAAGGAAUCCCCUUCUCAUGCGCUGCGGGCGUGUAUGAGUCUUGUCGACAUUCAUCAACCACUUGCCAAGGAGCUAUUCAACGCUGCAUUCAUAUCGUGUUGGGGUGAAUUGUUUGACCACUUUCAGGAGGACCUCGUUCGGUCGAUUGAAUGUGCUAUCACUUCCCCCCAUGCACCGUCUGAAGUAGUGCAUCGCCUGUUGAAUCUUGCCGAGUUCAUGGAACAUGAGGAGAAGCCUCUGCCGAUAGAGAACCGUGUACUUGGAGAAUAUGCGAUGAAAUUCCAUGCAUAUGCGAAAGCGCUGCACUACAAGGAACUCGAAUUCUUCACGGAGACAUCGCCAACGAUCAUCGAGUCCCUGCUCGGCAUCAACUCCAAGUUGCAACAACAUGACGCUGCCUGGGGUACCCUUUUGAUUGCUCGCGAACAAUACGACGUCAGCAAACAUGAAGAAUGGUAUGAAAGGCUGGGGAGGUGGCAGGAGGCUCUCAAGACCUACGGCAAAAAGCUCGAAGAUGACCCUGACAACCUCGAUGUUGCGAUUGGAAGGAUGCGGUGUCUGCACGCUCUCGGCGAGUGGAACGAUCUCGCUGCUCAAGUAGACGAGCAUUGGUCGAAAGCGAGUCACGAGGACCGUCGCGAGAUUGCUCCCAUGGCGGCUGCGGCUGCAUGGUCCCUGAAUGAUUGGGAAUCCAUGGAGGACUACAUCGCGACCAUGAAGUUAGACUCUGCGGACCGUCCUUUCUACAGAGCUAUUUUAUCCGUUCACCAGAAUCAAUUCGCGAAGGCUAUGGCCCAUAUAGCUAAGGCACGAGAUAUGCUAGAACCGGAACUCACUUCUCUAGUUGGAGAGAGCUAUGGACGGUCAUACAACAUUAUGGUCCGAGCACAGAUGCUCUCCGAGCUAGAGGAGAUCAUUGCAUACAAACAGUAUGCCGAUCAGCCGGACCGUCAACUUGCCAUGAGGAGUACAUGGAUGAAACGACUGCAGGGUUGCCAACCUGACGUUGAGGUCUGGCAACGCAUCCUACAAGUUCGCGCCUUAGUAGUAACUCCGGAGGAUGAUCCUGUGAUGUGGAUCAAGUUUGCAAACCUGUGUCGUAAGAAUGACCGCAUGUUUCUGGCUGAGAAGACGAUCAAUUCACUGUUGACUCCCGACCGGCAUACGAAGGCUACGAGCAUUGUUGUAUAUGCCCACCUUAAGUACACAUGGGCCGCGGGGAAUCGCCAGGAGAGUCUAACUCACUUGCGGCAACUCGCCUCAAAUCUCCAGAGGACAUUGCAAGCUGAAACGUCGGUGCAUCAAAGUGACCUUGCCAGACCGAAGGCAAACCAGAAGCUGGAAGAGAUCUCUCGACUACUUGCGCGAUGCUACUUCAAACAGGGUCAGUGGCAGGUCGCUCUGCACGAAGACUGGGGGCACCGGAAUGUCAAGGAUAUAUUGCAUUCAUAUUUCCUCGCGACACAUUAUGACUCGACGUGGUACAAAGCAUGGCACACCUGGGCCUUGGCCAAUUUCGAGGUCGUCGGCUAUCUGGAAACCCAGGUCGAGAACAAGAUGACUGGUGUUCCUCCAGACGAUCUAGCAGUGCAUAUCGUACAGGCCGUUGACGGUUUCUUCCGCUCGAUCUCGCUAAGGAAUGAGAAUGCCCUCCAGGACACUCUGCGCUUGCUCACGCUAUGGUUCAAGUACGGAGCACAUGAAGAUGUUAGCCAUGCCAUGAGCUCCGGUUUCACCGACCUGGAGGUGGACACAUGGCUAGAAGUCAUCCCACAGAUCAUUGCUCGUAUCCAAACGCCAAGCGCGAACAUUCGCCGAAAUCUGAACAACCUGCUCAUUGACGUUGGAAAGCACCACCCGCAAGCCCUGGUGUAUCCGCUUACCGUAGCUUCAAAGUCCUCUAGUGAGGUACGAAAGAAAGCAGCCCUCAACAUCAUGAACAGGAUGCGAGAACAUAGUCCGACAAUCGUUGAUCAAGCGCUUUUGGUCAGUCAUGAGCUCAUCCGGGUUGCUAUCCUCUGGCACGAAAUGUGGCAUGAAGGCUUGGAAGAGGCAUCACGACUAUACUUCACGGAUCAUGAUCCAGAGGGUAUGAUCGUGUUUUUGGAGCCUUUGCACGAGAUGCUUGAAGCGGGUCCGAAAACCGCUCGAGAGACCUCAUUCACUCAAGUAUUUGGCCGUGAUCUGCACGAAGCUCGUGAAGCGUGCAGACACUGGCGCACAUAUGGCGAACAGCGCGACCUAGACCGAGCGUGGGAGAUCUACUAUUCAGUGUUCAAGAAGGUUGAAAGUCAACUAAGACAGUUGACAACGCUGGACCUACAGUUUGUUUCGCCGGAGUUGCUCAAGGCUCGUGAUCUAGAACUUGCAGUCCCAGGUACCUAUCAGAGUGGGCGCCCGAUCGUGACGAUCAUCUACUUCGCUACAAAGCUCUCCGUCAUUCAAUCUAAGCAACGGCCCAGACGCCUGUCCCUGAAAGGCAGCGACGGGAGGGACUACCAAUUUGUUCUGAAAGGUCAUGAGGACUUGCGGCAAGACGAGCGAGUCAUGCAGCUCUUCAGCUUGGUGAACAACCUCCUGUCGGUCGACACUGACUGCUUCAAGCGGCGUUUGCACAUUCAACGAUUCCCCGUCAUACCCUUGGCUCCCAACGCUGGUCUGCUUGGUUGGGUGCAAGACAGCGAUACGUUGCACGUGCUUGUCCGCGACUAUCGAGAGUCGAGGAAGAUCCUGCUCAAUAUCGAGUACCGACUAAUGUUACAGAUGGCGCCAGACUACGAGAACCUCAUCCUUCUACAGAAGAUCGAGGUGUUCGAGUACGCGUUAGAAAAUACGACUGGGCAGGACUUGUACCGUGUGCUGUGGUUGAAGAGCGCGAAUUCGGAGCACUGGCUCGAGCGGCGUGCGACGUACACCCGCUCGCUCGCUGUAAACAGCAUGGUCGGGCAUAUCCUCGGGCUGGGCGAUCGGCACCCGUCGAACCUGAUGCUCGAGCGUAAUACGGGCAAAAUGGUGCACAUCGACUUCGGCGACUGCUUCGAGGUCGCGAUGCACCGCGAAAAGUUCCCGGAGAAGAUUCCCUUCCGACUGACACGCAUGCUGACGCACGCGAUGGAGGUCAGUGGCAUUGAGGGCAGCUUCAGGAACACGUGCGAGAUCAGCAUGAAGGUGCUGCGCGACAACAAGGAGUCUCUCAUGGCUGUGCUAGAGGCGUUCGUGUAUGACCCGCUCAUUAGCUGGAGAUUGAUGCAGACGGACGCCGAGUCUCGUCAAGUGAAAGAUCGGCCGGAGGCGUCCCGUACUACAGCUUUCCCUCAAGGGCCUAUUCGUAAGCUAAAGGCGGACGAGAACGAUAUUUUCAAUGAGCAUCAUGAAGUGCGCAAUGAGCGUGCUCUGAGUGUGUACAACCGCGUGCAGCACAAACUGACAGGGCGUGACUUCAACCCUGACGUUUCACUCACUGUCGCCGCGCAAGUUGACAAGCUGAUUAUUCAAGCUACUUCGUUAGAGAAUCUGUGUCAAUGUUUCUCCGGAUGGUGUGCAUUCUGGUGAUUUUCUGGGGAAUGUCAAGCUGUAUCUAUAGAAUGUCCUGCUUUCGUGCGCUGAGCCCUGUCCGUUGUAUGCUACGUCCCAUGUAUAUUACCUUGGAUGUUACUAGAUAAUCACAUGCCUCUUCUUUCGAUU